AUGGAAAGCGGACCUCCUGCUCGUGGUGGAUUUAGAGGACGAGGAGGACCAAUGCGGGGACGUGGUGGUUUUGGAGAGCGUGGACGAGGUGGCCCUCCAAGAGGUGGAAUGAUGCGCGGACGUGGUGGAGCACCUGGUCCAAUGCGAGGAGGCCCACCGGGGAUGCGAGGUCGGGGAGGACCUCCGGGACGAGGUGGACGCGGCGGACAUUAUCCUCCAGGAGGCCCGCCAGACACAAGUUUAGCAGGACCAGGUGGAGCCCCACCACCUCCCCCAGGAGUCGGUGGCCCAACACGUGGAAGUGGUCGGGGAGCACCAGGUGGAUUCCGUGGUCGAGGUCGAGGAGACUUCGGGCGUGGUGACAGCCGGGGAGGUGGUUUCCGCGGCCGCGGUGGUGAUCGUCGAGGUCGUGGCUCGGGGAUGUUCAACCGCGACGGACCACCAAGAGGCUCAGGUCGUGGCUCCAAUGGUUCUGGUUUCGGAGACCGUGGACGUGGAAUGGACCGUGGCCGCGGUGCUCCAGUUAAGCGUGGAGGAGUUCCCGGUGCCGGUGGACCCCCAAAGCGACCAAGAUACGACGUUACAGCUGCCCAGCCUGCUAAUGGUUACGCUUCCCAGCCACCAAGCCAAGGCUACGGACCUGGUAACGGAUACGGACAAGCAGCACCAGCUCCUGUGGGUAGCUACGGAGCUACUACUGGUACCUACGGACCACCUCAGAGCGGUUACCAACAGUCUUAUCAAGGGUAUGAGAGUUAUCCUACACCUGCAGACUACACACAAUCAACGACGUUUUAUCAACAGGGAUAUCCAGCACAAGUACCACCAGACAACAGAUAUGGUGGUAUACCGCCAGCACCUGCAGCAAGUUUUAAUUCCAGUGAUCCAUAUGGCUAUGGAAAAGUUCCGCCUCAAGUUAAUUACCAACAGGAGGCAGUUGCUCCUGCUGUGGGUGGUGGUGGUGAUGGUGUUGGAAAUUAUCCUCCUGCUAAUCCUUACGACGACCAAUCCUGUAAUAACAGCGGCAUGACGGUCAGGGGUGAUUAUUCAACACACGAGUAUGACUAUACAAGUCAAGACGGUGGCUAUGGAAAACAAGAUUAUGGUGAGUACCAAUCUGUUGACAGGCAUUUCUAUUAA